ACUAUGUUACUUUAGACAAUGAUGCUCGUUCAUAGUCAGUUAUCAUCUCGUGAUCCCGAUCAGUUCCCGAAUCCUGAUGAAUUCCAGCCAGAACGCUGGCUACGUUUUCACGAUAUUUAUAAAGGAACCGGCGCUGGAGGUGGCAAGGAAGCAAGUAUGAGAGACGCCGAAAAAGACAAAUUUUGUCCGAUCAAUCGAGGAAGGCAACACCAUCCGUUUUCUUACCUACCAUUCGGAUAUGGACCGAGAAUGUGUAUUGGGAAACGCUUUGCCGAAACUGUCGUAAAUACUCUCACAUUUAAGAUGAUAACCAAGUAUUCGAUGGAGUACACACACGAUAAAAAAAUGGACUGCUUUACGAGGCUCAUCAACGUACCGGAUCAGCCACUAAAAAUUCGUUUCAGGAAGAUCGAACUUUAAUUGCAGGAUGAUUCAGUAUAGACGCAUCAAAUAUUUCAAGCGCAGAAUCUACUCAUAUUAAUUCUGAAUUUCUAUAAUUCAAGAUGUAGUUCCUGUAACAGGGUUCUAGUGGAACCGUCGUCAAUGUUAAAAUGUAAAUUU